AUGUCUAUGAAAGAGGUUCUUCUGAUUCUGCUGGUUAUAUCCACAGGAGCUAUUUCUGGUGAGGCUAACUGUGGCAGAUUGAUUGAAACUGAGCUGUACAAUGACAAAUCAUAUACAGAGCAGGAAGAGCACCCCUGGCUUGGAAGAAUACUAUAUAGGGAUGUAAAUGGAUCCUCCUCAUACCGCUGCACCGUUGUGCUUCUUAACUCCCGUCAUGUCCUGGCACCAGCUCUCUGCGUUAAGGGAAAGUACAUUCGGGAGCAGACACCUUUUGCUGUGAUGUUUGGCAACCCAGUGUGCCUGUCUGGUAAAACCUCGCCAAGAUCCUUUGAAAUUGAUGAGGUCUUCGUACCACCAGAGUACAAUCAAACCAGCUACAAAUACGACCUUGCCGUGAUUCGUUUGAUGGAGCAUGUUCUGUUCUCAAAGCAUAUUCAACCAAUUUGCCUGCCGCAAUCAGAAGAGAUUUUAUCCAGCUUGGCCGGUCGGAGCAGUAUAAACAAAUAUCGCCUAAUCAAAUUUGCGGUUACAUCCAUGGGACUUCCUUACAACCCGGAGCAUUCCUUGCCGGAGUUCGAGUGGUAA